UCGCAUUCAGUUGAUUGUCAGUAUUCGUAAGAAUCUUAAUCGUCAUGCCUGCCAAAGCUCAGACCGCUGGAAAGAAGGGAUCGAAGAAGGCUAAGGCCCCCAGGCCUAGCGGAGACAAGAAGAGGAGGAGGAAGCGAAAGGAAAGCUACGGAAUCUACAUCUACAAAGUUCUGAAGCAGGUUCACCCCGACACUGGUAUCUCAAGCCGUGCCAUGUCCAUCAUGAACAGCUUCGUCAACGAUGUCUUCGAGCGCAUCGCCGGUGAGGCAUCCCGUCUUGCCCACUACAACAAGAAGUCCACCAUCAGCAGCCGUGAGGUUCAGACCGCUGUCCGUCUCCUCCUCCCCGGUGAAUUGGCCAAACACGCCGUCUCUGAGGGCACCAAGGCCGUCACCAAGUACACCACAUCCAAGUGGCCCCAAUCGAGUCUCCAUCUCUGGGACCGCACUUGCACUAAUAUUGAUCCGAUGAUUAACCUCUUACAGAUUAUAAGGUAUUUUGUUCACAACACAAAAAGUGUGGAUCUCAGUUUUGAUCCGUUUCUUAUAUGUUUUCUCUAAUCUAUUUAAAUAACUUUUAUCACUCUCUUUGAAAUCCCUUGAAUAUAUGGCCUUAAAGUCGAAGUUCACCU